ACUGCUGAGGAACAGAGUUCAGAUACUGCGGCUGGUUACAAGGUACGAAGUAUCGGGAUGAAAAGCAGAAAUAAGCCCAACACUGUCCAGUACAUCAUAGCACAUUCACCCUGACCCAUGUAGAAGUCGUCACCUGCUACUUACAAAGAUGUACCAGAUUGUCCCGGCAACCGUUGGAGAUGUCGGCCUCGGUGCCAUGCGCCAGUACACGCCUUCAAAGAAGAGCCGAGCUGAUCGUCGCGGACGCCGACUCGUCAUGGCCAGCUUGUUCGGAGCAGUGCUGGUCAUCGCCGCCGUGGCAGCCUGGUGCUAUUACUCUGCGUCUCUGCGUAAGGCAGAUCGACUGAAGACCGAACUGCUCGACCUGAACAAAGACGGAUUUGUCAUCCGCAACCAAGCCGGCGCCAUCAUCUUUCGAAUUGCAUUCAGGUCAGGUUCUCUGGAUCUGGAUUCUUGCUCGAAGGAAGGCCGAAUUCUCAGCUGCAGCCGAUCCAAAGCAGGAAAGCUGAAUUUCUUCAUCGAAACAGUGAAACCUAAGAACACGGUGAUGUGUUACCGUGUGCGCUGGGAGGAGCUGGACGUAUACCGCGCCGUCGAACACGCCAUGGCCUACAACGGCUCUCACUGGUACGGUGGCGCGCAGUCCUGGUCCCAGCACUGGCCGAUUGUUUUUUCAGGAAACCAGGAACCCAAACCGUUUAUCACUGGUGAUGUGUAUUCGAAUCAACAAGCUUUUGGUGGGAUCUUGGAGCGCUACUGGCUUUCCUCCAGCGCUACCGCUAUCAAAAUCAACGACUCUGUACCUUUCCAUCUCGGCUGGGAUGAGGACAGCAAGAUGCUGAGAUUCCAGGCACGAUAUGAUAACAGUCCUUAUAAGCCGGAGCCGGGACAGCCUGUCCGAGCUGAGCUGAGUUACCGCGUUUGCGUUGGUUACGAUGUCACGUCCAUUCAUAAAUACAUGGUCCGUCGCUAUUUUACCAAGCCUAAUAAAGUUCCCGCCGAAGCUGUGUUUAGAAAGCCCAUUUGGUCCACUUGGGCUUUGCACAAGACCGACGUAGAUCAGGAGAAACUUCUGACGUACGCCUCUGAGAUUCGAGCGCACGGCUUUAACUGGAGCCAUCUAGAGCUGGAUGAUCGAUACACUCGAGGAUACGGAGAAUUCGAGUUCGACCCGGUCAAGUUUCCCAAUGCCACUCAUAUGUUUCAAAAACUGAAGGAAGACGGUUUCAGUGUCACUCUCUGGACGCAUCCUUUUGUCAACUACAACUCCAGUAACUUCGGCGUCGGAGUGGAGAGAGGGCUCUUCGUCCGAGAGCCUACUGGGGAGUUACCUGCUUUGAUCCGCUGGUGGAACGGUAUCGGUGGAAUUUUGGAUUUCACCAAUCCAGACACUCGCGAAUGGUACGCCUCACACCUGCGUACUUUAAAAAACAAAUACGCAAUAUCUUCAUUUAAGUUUGACGCAGGGGAAACCAGCUACUUACCCCAGCAAUUCCGAACCUUUGUGCCACUCCAUGAUCCUAGCGUGUUCACCCGUCGCUACAGCGAGAUGGCCAUACCCUUUAACGACCGUGCCGAGCUCCGUGCUGGAUACCAGUCUCAAAAUAUUUCUUGCUUCUUCCGAAUCAAUGACCGUGAUUCGCUCUGGGGUUAUGACCUAGGACUCAAGUCUAUCAUCCCUACAGUGCUUACUGUUAGUAUUCUCGGUUACCAGUUUGUCCUUCCGGAUAUGAUUGGUGGAAAUGCUUAUCCAAAUCGUACUAAAGGAGCACAGGGACUACCUGACAAGGAACUGUACAUCCGCUGGCUAGAACUCUCGGCGUUCAUGCCAGCCAUGGAAUUCUCAAUCCCGCCCUGGGCCUAUGACGAAGAGGUCGUCAGGAUCGCGAGGAAGUUCACAGAGCUCCACGAAACCCUGGUGGCUCCUCGGGUGCUCGAACUCGCCGGGGAAGUGUUGGACACCGGCGAUCCUAUCAUCCGACCUCUGUGGUGGAUUGCUACUCACGAUGAAGCUGCUUACAAAAUCGAUUCCCAGUUUCUAAUAGGGGAUGACCUGAUGGUAGCUCCAGUUCUUGAACCAGGCAAGCAGGAGAGAGAUAUUUACCUUCCAGUCGGCAGGUGGCGGAGCUACAAGGGGGAACAUUUUGACAAAGGACCGAUUCAUCUCACUGACUACCCGGUGGACUUGGAUGAGAUCGCUUACUUUGUGUGGUCAGGAUGAGAUGAAAUUAGAAGGGAAGCGUCAGCAUAAAACACAGCUAGAAAGCGAACAAAAAACUACCAUGCAUGUGUUUCUCUACAGUUAGGUGCCUUGUGAUGAGUAUGCAACUGCAACCAGACUUAAGCUAAUAAUAUAUAUAAACAACAAAGACAGGAAUGUUUAUCAUUUAAUCGGGAAACCCUUUUGGUGAAAUGUUCACUGUGUAGCAUGUAUUUAAUAUAGUAAAAGUCUUGGUGGGUGUUUGAA